GCGCUGACUCAGUGGAGAAGGCAUUGGCGUGGGAUCAGGAAUGUGUGACAACACCGCUGUCACCCGCUGCACCCCAACGAAAGCCGGUGAGCGGCUUAAACAGUUCAAGGCCAUUCAGAAAAAGGUCUGUGCCCGAGGGUGUAGAUAUGGCCGAAGUAGUAGCACAGACACAGGAGAAUAUACGCAUGCUACGUAAGGAGAUAGAGGAGCUCACACUGGAGCUGAUGAAUUCUAAAAGAGCCAGUGCGAGUGGCAAGCAGACACAGAGAGAUGGGGAGAGUGAGGUGCAGCUGACGCAGAUGGCUGUUGGCGAGGCCUAG